CCUGAACCGCCACCUUCUCUGUCCCCCAAUUCGAAAACCUAAUCCGAUCGUCGUCUCCGACCUACAUCCGCCGGAAAUAAUACUUUUUAUCAUCUCUGCGAGAGAAUGAGACUGAGAAGUUGGACAUCUAAAAAAACCCGAUUUGAUGAUGAAUCUUGAAUCUAUGGGAAGUGGACUUCAGGAUUGAUAAUGGUGUAGCUGCUGGGAUGAUGAUGGGGAUUCCUGUUGAGCUUGAGGUUACUACGACGGUUGAGAAUCAUAAUGAGAUGGGUGAAAGCUCUGGUCAAGCAAUGAUUGAGCAAGAUGAUGAUGAUGACAACCAUAAUAAUGAAAUGGGUGACAAUUCUGGUCAAGGUCAAGCAAUGCUUGAGCAAGAUGAGAAGGUGAAUCCUGAUUCUCUUCCUCUAGCAGUUGCAGAUAUGGCAGAUAAUCAAGGGGAUGAGCCUUAUGUUGGGCAGGAGUUUGAAUCUGAAGCUGCUGCUCAUGGGUUUUAUAAUGCGUAUGCUACAAAAGUAGGAUUCGUCAUCCGUGUUAGUAAACUGUCACGGUCAAGGCAUGAUGGAUCUCCCAUAGGGAGGCAACUUGUUUGUAACAAGGAAGGCUACAGGUUGCCUAGCAAGCGGGAUAAGGUUAUUAGACAACGAGCGGAAACAAGAGUUGGAUGUAGAGCGAUGAUCUUGAUUAGAAAAGAAAACUCUGGUAAAUGGGUUAUCACAAAGUUUGUCAAGGAGCAUAAUCAUCCUUUGAUGCCUGGGAGAGUUCGAAGAGGUUGCAUUUAUGAUCAGUAUCCGAAUGAACACGACAAAAUCCAGGAACUGAUGCAGCAGCUAGCUGCAGAGAAAAAGAGAGCGGCUACUUACAAAAGGCAUCUAGAGAUGCUAUUUGAACAGAUCGAACAGCACAACGAAAGCCUUUCUAAGAGAAUCCAACACAUAGUAGACAAUGUGAGGAAUCUGGAACAGAGAGAUCAUCAACAGAACCACCAAGUAUAGUCCUUUUGGUCUCUGGUUUUUCCCUUGUUCAUUCUUCAGCAGUUUGAUUUAGGAGAUAGAUCUUUUCUUCUUUAUUCCCCCCAUCUUCUCUCUUUAAUAAAGAUUUUUCUUGUCGAAAACAAAAGAGCUUGCAAUUGCCUUAAAGAAAGUUUUGUUUCUUCUCCUUCUUCUUCUUCUUAUGUUCUGACAUUGAUUUUGCUCGGACAAUGCAUAGGCAUUGUGUAGUGUUAGUGUACAUAAAGUGAAGGUUUUGCUUUUUACGUUCUAUCAGGUUCCUCUGUAAUAAAAUCAGCUUUUUCUC